AUGAGGCAUCAUCCACGUGCCCGCCCAGAUGGUGCCCAGCUGGUGGAGGGCAGGUCCUCAGUCCACACCGUCAGGCAGGUACUCAGUCCAUACCGUCAGACAGGUACUCAGUCCUCACCGUCAGGCAGGUCCUCAGUCCUCACCGUCAGGCAGGUCCUCAGUCCACACCGUCAGGCAGGUACUCAGUCCACACCGUCAGGCAGGUCCUCAGUCCACACCGUCCUCAGUCCACACGUCAGGCAGGUACUCAGUCCACACCGUCAGGCAGGUACUCAGUCCACACCGUCAGGCAGGUCACCAAUCCACACCGUCCAGGCGGGUCCUCAGUCCACACCGUCAGGCAGGUCCUCAGUCCACAGUCUCGGGUCAGUCACCGUCAGGUCUCAGUCACACCGUCCUCAGUCCACCGUCAGGGCAGGUCCUCAGUCCACACCGUCAGGCAGGUACUCAGUCCACACCGUCAGGCAGGUCCUCAGUCCACACCGUCAGGCAGGUCCUCAGUCCACACCGUCAGGCAGGUCCUCAGUCCACACCGUCAGGCAGGUCCUCAGUCCACACCGUCAGGCAGCUGCCCUCCUUAGUCGUGGCUCCUCCCGGCACUCUGUAGCAACCAAUAGGGGGAGACCCAUGGCACAAGUAGCCAACCAAGGGCCAGAUACCAAAGUGAUGGGCGGAGCUUUCUUGCCCAACUCUUCUCAGGGGAAUGUUGAUUGGCUUGUUAAGAUCACGAAUCUCUGCGUUCCCCUGGCCCCCAUCCCAGUCUCAUGUUCCCCUGGCCCCCAACCCAGUCUCUGCGUUCCCUGGCCCCCAUCCCAGUCUCUGGCAGUGUUCCCUGGUCUCAUCCUAGUCUCUCAGUGUUCCUGGCUCCUGCAACCCAGUUCUGCGUUCCCUGGCCCCCAUCCCAGUCCCCCUGUCCCUGGCCCCCCAUCCCAGUCCUGCGUCCCUGCCCCAUCCCAGUCCUGCGUUCCCUGGCCCCAUCCCAGUUCCCCAGGUUCCCCUGGCUCCCAUCCCCAGUCUCUGUGUCUCCCUGGCCCCAUCCCAGUCUCAUGUCUCCCUGGCCCCCCAUCCCAGUCUCUGUCCCCUGCCCCCAUCCCAGUCUGUCUCUGGCCCCCAUCCCAGUCUCUGCGUCUCCUGGGUCUCCCUCCAUCCCAGUCUCUGCGUCUCUGCCCCCACCCCCAGUCUUUUAUGUCUCUGGGUUCUAUCCCAGUCUCUGGUGUCUCUGGCUCCCCCAUCCCAGUCUCUGCGUCCCCUGGCCCCCCAUCCCCAGUCUCUCAGGUUCCCUGGCCCCAUCCUGUAGUCCCCCUGCGUCUCUGGCCUCCCCAUCCCAGUCUCCCAGUGUCUCUGGUCCCCCAUCCCAGCCCCCUGUUCCCCAGCCCCAUCCCCAGUCUCCCCUAUGUUCCCCUGUCUCUAUCCCAGUCUCUCAAGGUCUCUGGCUCCCCAUCCCAGGCCCUGUCUCUGGGCCCCAUCCCAGUCUCUCCAUGUCCUGGCUCUGAUCCUAUCUCUGCGUUCCUGGCCCCCAUCCCAGUCUCUGCAAGCCCUGGUCUCCCCAUCCCAGUCUCGCGUCUCUGCCCCCAUCCCAGUCUCUGCGUCUCUGGCCUCCCCAUCCUGGUCUCUGCGUCUCUGGCUCCCCAUCCCAGUCUCUCAGUUCCCUGCCCCCAUCCCAGUCUCUGCGUUCCCCUGGCCCCCAUCCCAGUCUCUGCGUUCCCCUGGCCCCCAUCCCAGUCUCUGCGUUCCCCUGGUCCUCCUACCCUCAACUUCGAUCAUUAA